AUGGCCUCCCAAUUUCUACCCUCGACUCCCAAACCCGCUACGCCUGUUGUGGCUCCUGGUUCAGCGUCGGGCACCCCGGGAAAAUGGCGCCAUCCUCAGCUCAACGAGAUCGUGAGACGGCAAGAAGCCUCAACUUUUGGCGAUAAGAACCUGAGGAAGCUCCUGUGGAACGGCGGCGUUUUGACCGCGACCUGGAUAUUCGGGGAUCUCUUCCAGACCUACUCGCGUCUACUUGUCAGCGCCGACCCUAAUUCCGUGUACAACUACCUCCCGCUGUCACUUCUACAGCUUUAUCUUCUUAUCAACGUCGGCUUCGCGCUGUGGCCCCUCUUGCGAUCCAACGACGACUUCUCCGAUAUCCCCCUCACACCUACUCAGCGGGCACUUCUGGGUAUGGACCCUAACGCAACACCGCCUGCGACACCAGGGACAACAUAUGUGACUCCUCCGCGGUACCGAGUGUCUACCUCGCGCAAAGGCAGCCCCGCGAGCGCAUCCGGUCACAGUCCCUCUUCUCCGCUCUCCACAAACCCUGGAUUGUCUGGGCGACGAGUCUCGUCAGGCCCCUUCUCACCAGCAUCGAGUCCGCUUUUCCACAAGAAUGUCGUAAACGAGAGUGGAGCAGGUGGUGGCCGGAGACAGAGCUUUGGGUCGUCUUCCCCUCUUGCUCGUAGCAACUCGUUCAACAACUCCUUCGGCAACUCUUUCGGCACUUCCCUUGGAAUCUCCCUAGGAACCUCUUUUGGAGAAUCGACGAUGGCCCCGAGCACCCCUUCUCCUCUUGCCGGCAAACGUCAAAGCCUGGGACUGAGCAACAAAUGGCUCUACGAGCGCAGCAGACGGUUGUCUGCAAGCAAUGGCACUCUGUGA